AUGUCCGAGUCGGGAGUAUCAAAUGGUGCCCCGGAGGUAAAGAACCCUCGCGCUCCGGAACGGGCGCAUCUAGGCCUCGAUCUCGCGGUAGACGGGCCUGGGCCGCUUCACGACGACCGGCCCCGCCACAUCCAGUCGCAAUCCUCGCUUCGAUCACAGUCACACAUUGCAUCUGUACCAUCCAUUACCGGCGCUCAGAAUGGCGGCGAGGCUGAUGUGGCGGAGGAGUUGGCCUGGGGCCCUGCGCAUCCGUGUUAUCCUCACAUCAACCCACAUGUUCCGAUUGGGUCUGACGAGUACAUGACCACCCGCAUCAUACGAAUCCGGCGUGAUUGGAUGAUCAAGGGAGACCUAGCUCCCACAUUCUCCAACCUGUACCCCGAGAUUCUGGACCCGCUAUUACCCGAACAAGAGUUUCGAAAGGUGAUCGCCACAGUGAAUGAUGAGCUCGUUAAGGCGUUCGAUCCGUUCAGCCUUCGCAACUUCAUCGAUAGUGCGCUGAGCCUUCUGACGGGAUGGAUUUGGGAAGACAUAGGCGCGCCAGGAAUCAAGAGCCAUCUCAAACGGGUGGAAGCGUGGCUGGAGAGGUGGAACAGAGAGGUCGGGGCCAAGGACGGAGUACAUAUCUGGAGUCUCCGCAGGACGGCGUACAUGUCGCUGGACAUCCAGAUUCCGGAUCCUAAGGUUGGCAUCAUCCGCAGUGAGGGAGUUCCGUCGCUUCCAGGGACCCGGCCGAGCAGCGGCGUUUGA